AUGCUCACACCACCAAUACAACCCCACGUGUCGGUCCCUUUCCGGUGGGAGGAGGCUCCCGGAAAGCCGAGGCCGGCCGCCACCUCGGAGCGGCGCCCGGCCGCCGCCAGGUGUCUCGACCUGCCGCCGAGGUUGGUUGUCGACGAGGCGAAAUUUACGAUAAUGCCCUCGCCGGAGACCGUGCUCGACGGGCCGUACGUGGGCCGGUCUUUGUCCCUCGCGUGCACGUUUUCCUUCCGGAAAGUGGCGGCGGGCAGGGUGGAAGAAGGGAUCGGGCAGGGGAGGUGGGGGAGUUUUCGGGAAAUUGAGGGGUCGUCGGGCAGGGGUAGUUUCGUCAUUUCGCACACGUUGGGGGAGAUGUUCAAGAGCGAGAGGAACGUGAGGGUCACGAGGGUUAGGAGGAGGAGGAGGAGCUUCUUUAAUAUGGCUACCGUCAAUUCUAACUUGUUGGACAUUUGUGCGAGCUUCAAGCGUGCUGUUCCAUGGAGGCGAAGAAGAUGA